AUGGUGAAUGGCCCAAAUUCUAUAACACUCGUGACGGCAGGUUCGGCCUCACCUGCGGGGUAUUGUACUCGAUGA